AUGUCGAGCCAAGUGGACAGCACCCCAUGUGCGCAUAUCAACCCGAAUAUAUUUCAACUAGAGAAAAAACCAAAACAUGUGCUGUGCCACGAAAUCGGUGCUGGUUCGCCGUGUCUGAAAUGUGAUUGUACUGGUCUUGAUCUACAUUUUUGGAGAAAAAUAUGCAAGGUUUGUUCAUGUCGAAUGGACGAUCAUGACAUUAUUGCACCAGAAAUGGAUCAUGGAAAAAUCAUUAUUGUGGUGACCGAAUACGCGUGGAUCCCGACCACAGAUCGGAUUUUAGCAGACAAAUAUUUUUUCGCGCUCCCGGAAAAUGAACGUCCAAUUGUGGGAACAGAAGGUGCGGUGAAUCGUCGACAGAAACUUCAAUAUCAGCUUCCGCAUCACGAUACGGAUAUAACGGCAGCAAAAUCUAUCAAAAGUGAUGAGGAUCGUCAGCAACAUGCGAAAUAUUUGAAUACACUGAAAGAAAAGGUAGUUGGAGUUGGUCAAUUGAUAGAAUGGAGCAACGACGCAAAUUCCGCAAACUCAAAAUCGAUGUCGGAUAAAAGCAAUGCUAAAAACAACAAAGAAUGGGCGCAAAGUGCACAGAAUCAAAAGGAAAAUUUGAAUAUCAUGCAGGACAUUCGAUGUCAAGCGUGCAGCAAGAAAAUGAAUAUUGGUGAUGUGGCGAUCGUGACCGAUCACGGAAAACCGAAUGAGGUAUGGCAUCCGAAUUGUUUCCGUUGUCAUACGUGUAAUCAACGUUUAGUCGAUAUGCUGUACUUCUACAAGGAUGGUAUCUAUUAUUGUGGACGACAUUUCGGCGAUUCCAUGUAUCCACGGUGUUCCGGAUGUGAUGAGUUGAUAUUCUCAAAAGAGUACACAUAUGCCGAGGAGAAGAACUGGCAUUUCGAUCACUUUUGUUGUUUUGGAUGUGAUAAACAGUUGGGUGGACAUCGUUACAUGAUGCGCGACGAGCAGCCGUUUUGUUUCGGGUGCUACAUGAAGAAAUUCGCUAGGACGUGUCACUCAUGUGGAAAUAAGAUUGCACCAGAUCAACAGCGAAUCUCGUUCAAGGAUUUGCAUUGGCAUGCUAUGGAAGCAUGUUUCCAGUGA